AGUUGCCGGCCGACCCCGCCAUGGCUACGAGCAGGAGGAAGCAGGACGAGAAGCACUUGAAGAUCCUUCGCGACCUCGGCUCCCAGGCGGCCAAUAGGACAUGCUUCGACUGCCACCAGAGAGGGACGACCUACAUCAACAUGACUGUGGGGUCGUUCGUGUGCACGUCCUGCUCGGGCAUCCUACGGGGGCUAAAUCCACCUCACCGCGUAAAAUCUAUCUCGAUGGCAAGUUUUACUCCUGAAGAAAUCGAACAAAUCAAAUCGAAGGGUAAUCAGUAUUGUCAGGCGGUUUGGCUAGGUCUCUACGAUGCCAAGGCCAACCCCUUCCCCGACACCAAAGACGAGCAUAAAAUCAGAGACUUCAUGAUUCUCAAAUAUGAGAAGAAGAGGUUUCACGUGGAGCCAAGUAUUGCUCUCAAGAACAUGCCACCCCAGACAUCAAGCGCCAACUCCUCCAAUGCCUCCACCCCCAGCAGCGAGACCUCCAACAAAGCAGCUGGGGGAGGGGGCAUGGGGGCAGGGGGGCUGUCAUCGUCGUCAUCGUCCUCCCUAGCAGCAGCAGCAACAGUGGCAGGAGGAGGAGGAGGAGGGCAGGCAGGAGGAGGAGGAGGAGGAGGAGGGGGAGCAGCAGGAGGGUCCUCUACCAAUGUGUCUGUUUCACGACCAAAUGCCUCUUCAUCUCAGUCUGCACAAGGCCGAUGGAAGGAACGGAUGCCCAUCUUGCCUCCGCUGAAAAUAAUUCCAUCACAAUCCACUGUGUGUGACAACAACUGGGGGCCUAAAAAUGCAGCAUCGAAUGCCAGUGCUGGAGCCAAGAACUCGACAACAAAGUCCUCGGCCUUAUUUUGCUUGUUAGACGGAUCUGGGAUGGUGGAACAGCAAGGCAUUCAUCUGUCAAUGCCAAUGAUCCUUUUGCCUCGCCUACGAGUGCGCAGCAUCCAGCGUCCUAUAUCGCAGCCUCUUUUGCCAAUUUUGGAGAAUGCAAUAUCUUCACAAACACUGCCGGAUCCUCCAACGAGUAUCCACGAGGAUAUGGUCGAUCUCUUUAGCUACAACGCCAGUAUUGGUGUACCAAGUCCAGUGGUGUAG